ACUUUUUUUUGUUUAGAUCAAUAUUUCUUUUUUUUUUUUCUUUUUUUUUUUUUUUUUCAAAACAUUCUUUGGUUUUAUUAUUCAAUUCCAAAUCAUCAGUUACAAGUCAUACAUGCCUGCACAUUGCAAGAUGUAAGAGAUACCACCAUUGAUCAAUUACUGUUAAGCAAACAAAAGAAAAUGUACCUACUUAGCACCCAAGGAGUGAACUCACCCAUUGUCACCAUUGGUGUAAUAAGCCUCUAGGAAGGUGACGUUAAUUGCUAACAACAAUCAGUUCAGUCAACUUACAUGGCCUCUUAAUUAAUUACAAACAUCACAGUGAACAGACCACUCACCAAUUUGACAUGUUUGACUCAAUAUUUGCUUAAAAGGCCUUCAGCCCAGUUCUACUUCGGAUUCGUUAUUUUGGCUCUGAUGAAGCGCAAAUUAGCGAAACUAGUUAGCCAGCCAGACAGUGAUUCUUUUUUUGUGAGGAUAUUUUUUGUGAGGAUAAUUCAUUUUUGGGUGAGAUCGUUUUCAUUUCUUUUUUGUUGAUACCUUUCUGUAAAUCUUUUUGUGUGUUCUUAAAACCAAAAAUGGCCAGAAAAAAUGCCACAAAUACGGGUAGUAGAGGACGGGAUUUUGGUAACCCGCCGUCCAACAAUUCGAAAACAAAAAGCAGGGUUUAUCAGUCCGAUUCGGCCUUUGCUGGACUUGUUAAACUGCUGUACGGUGUGUUGCAGUGCAUCCACCACAUUGGGUUACUGGAGGAGAAUCUAGUCAAUUCGACCCUCCCAAAAUCACUAGCAAGGAAGGUGGAGGAGCUUAACUCCUUCAUCAAACCGGCACGUCCAAAUUUAGACAUUACUUUCGACUUGAACUUGACAAAUCAAAAUUGGGCCAAUCAAACCAUGAACGUGUUGAUUAAGCAUUAUGCUAAUUCUCUAAAACUACUGAAGUCUAAGAUUAUUUCGGCCAUGUCAUCAAAAAACUUAGACUUCGAUCGUGCUCAAUUUACUGCUAUCAAGUGGGGAAGAAAAAACUACAAAACAAAAUUAACCGAUUCUAGUCUGUCGGAAUUUUCCCGUUAUCUUUCGGACCUUCUCCCCAACACAGAGAAUAGUGUGGGUAGUUCUUGUCAAACUACUACUCCUCUGCCACAAAGACAAAAACGAGCACGAUCCCCACGUGUUAACACCCCUUCCAACGGUCCUGACCUUAAGGCAACACCGCCCAUUGCCAAAAGGUCCACUGCACCUCACCUAACACCACUGCCUAACUCACCACCCACCCCACCUAUCCCAUCUAACUCAUGUAGUUCAGUACCUCGUCUGGGAACUUCUUUUGCUGACGCAUUAAAGUCUCCCACCGCCCCGAAUCGCAACUCUGGGCGGGAUACAAAUUUUCGACAAACAAAAUUCUAUCAAUUUCGGCACAACGUUUCGGACAAAUCUCAAUGGCGCCUUCCAGAAAUUAAGAAAAAAACUCUUCUUUUUGGCUCAUCAAAUCUCUCCAGAAUUAAUUUGGACACGCAUCCUGAGGUGCAAGUAGAAUGUUACCCAGGCGCCAAUUUUAAUCAUUUUCGGACCAUGGCCUCAAAUUAUAAGGGCAAGUCUCAACCCGAAACCAUUGUUCUUAACAUUGGUAUAAACUCAAAAGAUCAAAAUCCAACCAGUGCAAUAAAUCAGUUGCGAAACAUGAUAAGCUCGAUUCGGAAAUGUUUCCCUAGGUCAAAAAUACUUUUUAUCGAGCUUAACUUUUCGGACAGACUUUUGGCUAGUCAAAAAACCUGCCUCAACCAAAUAAAUUUGGCUGCAAAAACAAUGAGGAACAUACAAAUUAUACCUGCGCUUCACGCGUGUGAUUUUGAGGUUGGGCAGGACAACAUUCACUGGACAGAAACAACUGCCAAUAAACUUUAUCGCAGUUGGAUGAGGUACUUAAAUUUAAACUAAGGCCGGGAAAGGGUAAUGUCCACCCUGAUUUAGGACUAGGAACUAACAUUGUUAACCUAACUGGUGACACUAACCUUCUAACAUCCGCUGAAAAAUCAUUACUG